AUGCGUAACGCCUGCGCUGCGUACGAAGCUUGCAGACGCGACGCACCUACGCCCGAGUUAUGGGUGAUCCAUGGUCGGGGAUUCCGCAACCCCCCCUGCGCGGCGGAGGGGGACGGCAGCUCCAGCGUCAGCCUGCGCCUUCCCCUCAUUACUGACGCCAGCGACCCUGAGUACUGCGGCGUUCGCCUCAACGCGGUGAGUACUGCGCCUGAGUACUGCGGCGUGCGCCUUAACGCGGUGAGUACUGCGCCUGAGUACUGCGGCGUGCGCCUCAACGCAGUGAGUACUGCGCCUGAGUACUGCGGCGUGCGCCUUAACGCGGUGAGUACUGCGCCUGAGUACUGCGGCGUGCGCCUUAACGCGGUGAGUACUGCGCCUGAGUACUGCGGCGUGCGCCUCAACGCGGUGAGUACUGCGCCUGAGUACUGCGGCGUGCGCCUCAACGCGGUGAGUACUGCGCCUGAGUACUGCGGCGUGCGCCUCAACGCGGUGAGUACUGCGCCUGAGUACUGCGGCGUGCGCCUCAACGCGACGAGCAAGGAGAAAUUCCUGCCGCUGGUGGUGCGGGCCCACAGCUUCCUGGAGCUGGCGGAGGACAAGUACUACACCAUCAAGUGCGGCCUUCAGGGCUUCAAGAACGCCAGGUAUAGUGGUGCUAUAGAAAAGAUAUGCCACCCGGGCUCCUAUAUGCCACCCGGGCUCUUUUUAUUCUCUACUCGAGUACUACUGCCAGCUCUGGACCCCGCUCACGGGGUGAUCCAUGGUCGGGGGUUCCGCAACCCCCCCUGCGCCGCGGAGGGGGACGGCAGCUCCAGCGUCAGCCUGCGCCUUCCCCUCAUUACUGACGCCAGCGACCCUGAGUACUGCGGCGUGCGCCUAAACGCGACGAGCAAGGAGAAGUUCCUGCCGCUGGUGGUGCGGGCGCACAGCUUCCUGGAGCUGGCGGAGGACAAGUACUACACCAUCAAGUGCGGCCUGCAGGGCUUCAAGAACGCCAGGAACGAGUCCAGUUUCGUGGAUCUGCAGUUGCUGGACUUGAACCACCGGCGCACCAGCGAGGCCGUCUUCAGCCGCCAGUAUCUCCUGCAUGCCGCCAUCGCCGGGCCUGAUGCCCAGCACGCCAUGCGGGUGCGCAGCUGCUUCAGCUUCGGCGACCCCAACACAACCGUGCAGCUCACCGACGACAACGGGUGCCCGACGUCGGAGCUGUCGGAGUGGACGUACAACGACACGGCGGGCACCGCCACCGCCACCCUCAGCAUGUGGCGGUUCCCCGACACCAACCGCGUCCACCUGCAGUGCGACCUGGCCAUCUGCCGCAUUCCUUGUGGAGAGCAACAGUGCGAUGGUGUGCGGUCUGAGCGCCUGACCACCAACGGCCGCGCUCUGGAGGCCGGCGGACCCAAUGACCUCCAGCCCGGGGUGGUCAAGGCGGCCACCACCGUCUUCGUGGUAGACCCCUCGACCUCAGGCCAGUACCGGGAGUGCAGCUGGUACCCACCGUGGUUGUGGAUCCUGGCCAUCGCGCUGGCUGUGCUCUUCAUCAUCAUGAUGAUCAUCAACAUCUUCUUGUGCUCAGCGAUGACGUGCUCCUGCACCAAGACCUCCGUCAUCGAGAAGGAACCGUCGAUACUUGAGGAUUAUGACCCAUACAGGUCAUCAUGGCAUGGGUCACAGUGCGGGUCAAGGUACUCACUGAACGGCAAGACGGGCUACCUCUCCGGGGCGUCCACGCUGAACUCAGCGCGCUCUGUGUCGUCCCACAGCGACCACUACGCCGCUAUUGUUCACUCUCGCCCCGACUCCCGCUACUCCCGCCCUGACUCCCGCCAUCAUCACUCCAGUGGUCACAACCACUCCGCCAAUGGUCACCAUCAUCACCACCACAGCAACGGUCAUCACACGCACCACAGAUCCCCUCCCUCUACCACCGGGUCUCACUACUCUAAUAGGAUUUGAUUUAUUAACUCUCCGGGUAAGUGAUGUUGAAAAUAUGUUGAUCACGAGUCGAUUCCGUUCAAACAACGUUUUAUCAACGUUACUUUAACGUCAAUCGCCUGUAAGGAAGAUUUUUGUUAGCUUGAUCACAAAUUAGAGACAAUUUAUAUCGUGCAAUACACAAUACUUGUUUAUGUAAAAAAUAUGACGAAAGCGGAUGCCUUUGUUUAGAGAAAAACUUUGACCUCCUUCUGAAAAUCUUCAUUAGGUAUUAAUUUGUAAUUAAUGGGAUUUGAGAUCCGUAUGACGGAUAAGAUCCCAAGAUUUGUGAGAUCUGGCGCCAAAUCGUAGAAAAAAUUCACCUCGUAGGUACGAUCUGAUCGUUAAACUCAAACACGAGAUCAACUAUAAGAGAUUAUAAAGUUCAUUUCACAAGAAAUUAUAUUUGAACCACGAAGAGACUAAUAGUUGUAAAGUUAUAAAGUUAUAAUGCUAAAUGUUAUAUACCUGAAUUGAAGUAAGUUGAACAAUUAAGUUAAGGUUGUCGACCGUGUCAUCUUAGAGUGUAACUUUCGCUUCUGAAAUUCCUGCAAUGUUGUCCUAGCUGAGAACUAGAGAAGUUCCUCCCUCUUCCUCUACCGCUAUAUUAGACCACCGUACACAUUAAUGUUAUCAGUUCGGGGACAGGAUAGGAAUUUUAGAGAAUUAUUUAUGAAGUGAGAGGAUCGGCUGAAGCGUUAUUCUUUUCUGAUGUAAAGAAUAUACCAGCCAGAAGAGUGUGGUGGAGUGGUGCCUGAAAGUGUGUUGUGGAGAGUAAGGGAAAUGUACCAACUGAAAGAUAUAUGAUCAGAUACGUUACUUGUUACUGAACACGCUGACCUCGUCGCAAACAUUUUCUUUCAACAAAUUCGUAUUCACAGUAAAAAAAAUUACUGGUAAAGCUGUGACGUCUUAUUCGUAUUUUCUUCGCGUAAAAUUCGUUAUGUCAUGAUUGGAAUGGUCUUAUAGGUGGAAGUAACGUUCAAAUGAUUUAUGAUUAAGACGCUUAUCUUCAUUAACAAUCUAUCUGCAUUUGUAGGAAACUUAAAUGAGCGUUUAUACCUUCCCACAUUGUUUAUUGAACGCUUGGCGUUAUUUGUUGAUUUCUAUUGAACUUCUAUCGUAGGCGUAGAAUUGUGGGAAUUACGAAACCUAAAUCAGAACGCGUUCAUUUCAUAAGAAAUUUUACUCAUUUUCUUAUGACUUAACCACACUUUUUCAACAUACUCGUAUCAUAUAUUCCGACUUCUAGAACGUAUAUAACGGAUUUAACUGUCAAUACAUAUAGCACAACCAAAUAAAAAUCCCACAAUUUCACAUAUCACGACUAAUAUAAUGAAUUGUACUAAUUUUAUAACUGCUGUACGUUUUCAAUAUGUUUUACAGAACUUCAUAUUUUUACUAAAAUCCACGAAUUUUCUUCACUUGUGCAACAUUCGUCAGGAAAUUUUCCAAUUUCUAGCACCGCAAUCACGAUCGUGCGUCGUGGCUCAAACCGCGGCAACCUGACAACUGUAAACGUUUAAGAAUGUACAUACAAUCUAAUAUUAACCAAACCUGUUAACCUUGUUUCUCUAACAAUGGCACUUAAAUGUCAAGUUAAAUCUUUAUUAUCUGUGUAUAUUGCCACCAAUUGAUACUAUUAGUGAUACUAAUAUAAAAACAUGUAUGUAGAAAUAUAUCAUACCGAUAUA